AUGAGUAAUGCCGGAUUUGGGAUAAAAAAGUAUAAAAUUGUACUUUUGGGUGAACAAUCAUCCGGGAAAACAUCUAUCGUUACACGUUUCAUGUAUGAUACUUUUGAAUCCACUUACCAGGCCACAAUUGGGAUAGACUUCUUAAGUAAGACGAUAACUGUGAAAAAGACUCAAUUGAGGCUUCAACUGUGGGAUACAGCUGGGCAAGAACGCUUUAGAAGUUUGAUGCCCAGUUACAUACGAGAUUCCUCGGCUGCUGUGAUUACUUAUGACAUAACAAAUCGUAAAUCCUUUGAAAAUACUACAAAGUGGAUCGAUGAUGUUCGAAGAGAAAGGGCUAAUAACGCUAUUUUGAUUCUGGUGGGUAACAAAACAGAUUUGGUGGAUAAGAGACAGGUCUCAUAUGAGGAAGGAGAGGAACAUGCCAAAAAGUAUGGAAUGAUAUUUCAGGAAACCAGCGCCAAAGAAGGAACAAACAUAUCCAAAAUCUUCUUUGAUGUGGCGGAAUCACUUCUUGACUUUAAUGCGGGAUCCGUUACUAUACCCGAGAAGCUGGUUGACAUAGACUUACAUUCAUCUGCCCCCUAUACCAAGAAGGGUUGUGGUUCAGUCAAUAUGGUAUCAUUUAAGAGAUGCAACUAA